UUCCAAUGGUCAAGCUCCAUGAUGUACCAUUUGCAAUACUCCUUCCGGAUACGAUCCUUUCGUGAUCAUCAAAAAGAAAUCGUUAACGCAACAAUGUCUGGUGACGACGUAUUCGUCAUUAUGCGCACGGGAGGGGGCAAAUCCUUGACUUACCAACUGCCCGCAUUGUUGGAAGGACGAGGCCCUUCAGCUCAGGUCACCUUCGUCAUUUCUCCCCUGCUUUCGCUUAUUCAAGAUCAAGAGGAACAGAUGAAUGCGUUUUGUCCCAAUUCCGCCACUUCGUUUUCGUCCGGCCUAACCGGUGGCAACGCCGAACACGCCCGGAGAUGGAGUAUGGUCCGGGACCCGACAGCGGGGAUGUGCCUGGUGUUUGUCACACCCGAAAAGGUCCACAAGUCGGGCAAACUCAAGUCGGAGCUGCAAAAACUGCACGAUCAAGGUCGUCUCGGGCGAUUCGUAGUUGACGAAGCACACUGUGUGUCGCAGUACGGUCACGAUUUUCGACCCGACUACGCGCAACUCGGUAUACUGAAACGUCAGUUCCCUUCGAUACCCAUGAUUGCCGUGACGGCCACCGCAUCCGACCGCGUGCGGGAAGAUGUCUGUCAAAUCCUUCGUUUAGGUACACGUUAUCGCUUCUUCCGGUCAACCGCCAAUCGACCCAACUUGCAGUACUCCGUCCGGCCUAAACCCGACAGCAAAGAUGGUAUUCUUGCUAACAUGGCGGCUUUCAUCCAAGAGCACCACGCCAAGGAUGCCGGCAUUGUGUACACGUUUAGUAAGAAAGAUGCCGACACGGUCGCGGAUGCACUGUGUCAAUACGGAAUUGUUGCCCGUUCGUACCAUUCCGACGUUUCGCCCACCAACAAAGAAUACAUUCAUCGGUCUUGGAUGCGCAACGAAACGCAGGUGGUGGUCGCCACUAUUGCCUUUGGUUUGGGCAUUAACAAGCCGGAUGUCCGCUUCGUCUUGCAUCACACAAUUUCCAAAACGUUGGAAGCGUAUUAUCAAGAGUCUGGACGCGCUGGUCGGGAUGGCCGAGACGCCAACUGCGUCUUGUACUAUAGUCCAAAAGACGUCCCACGUAUGAUGAAGAUGGUGCACGGGUCGAACGGAGAGCAACUGCUAUGGACUAUGGUACGGUACGGUCAAGCUUCGGGGAACGACGCCGUUUGCAAAGCAAUCAUGCUGGCAAGUUUGGGGGAACCAGACAGUCCCGAUCCGCAACAAGUACAGAAGGAAAAUGACGGAAUAACAACGGACUCGAGGGAUGUUGGGAAACACGCUAAAACUGUGGUCCAGCUGUUGCAGAAACGUAUC